AUGUGUUGUGCACAUAAGAAGCGUGCACAGAAGGAGGAAGUGGUUAAAAAUGGAGGAACUAAAAAUUUUACUAAAGGUAAAAAGAUUGUAAAUGGUGGUGCUAUCGUAAAUGGUGGUGCCGUGCAGAUAAGGAAUAGGAAAAGAAUGAAAAAAAGAAAUAAGGGAAGCGAAGACGACUCGAUGUGGAUGACAACAGGAGAAGCCUGUGCCCUAGGGGCAGAGGAGGUAGCCGCCCGUUUAAGGGUGGAUCUGAGGACUGGUCUCUGGGGGCGGGAACCAGAACUCAGGCGCCAACUCGCUGGCUUCAAUGAGUUCUCCUUCAAGGAAGAAGACCCCCUUUGGAAGAAAUAUCUAGAACAGUUCCAAAAUCCUCUGAUAUUAUUGCUUCUUGGGUCAGCUUUAGUUAGUAUUUGUAUGAAGCAAUUUGAUGAUGCAGUCAGCAUCACUGUAGCUAUUUUAAUUGUCGUGACGGUAGCAUUUAUUCAGGAGUACAGGUCUGAACAAUCUCUUCAAGAGCUUACGAAACUUGUUCCGCCAGCAUGCCAUUGUGUGCGAGGAGGGCAAUUGGAAUCGUUUUUAGCGAGAGAUCUAGUUCCUGGAGAUGUUGUCCACCUUAACGUCGGAGAUCGAGUGCCUGCUGACAUUCGGCUGUUUGAGGCUAUUGACUUGGCUAUAGAUGAGAGCAGCUUCACCGGUGAAACGGAGCCUGCUUCAAAAGUCACUGCUCCUAUACUCAAGUCAAAUGGCCAUACGUCAAUGAGGAACAUCGCUUUCAUGGGAACUCUUGUACGAUGUGGAAAUGGAAAAGGGAUAGUUGUGAACACUGGUGAAAAAAGUGAAUUUGGUGAAGUUUUCAAGAUGAUGCAAGCUGAAGAAGCCCCAAAGACACCUCUUCAAAAGAGCAUGGACAUCCUCGGUACCCAGUUGUCAUUCUAUUCCUUUUGCAUCAUUUUCCUAAUUAUGGCCCUUGGAUGGCUCCAAGGACGACCAAUUUUGGAAAUGUUCAACAUCGGUGUCAGUUUGGCUGUAGCUGCAAUACCCGAAGGAUUACCAAUUGUUGUGACAGUGACAUUAGCUCUUGGCGUUAUGAGAAUGGCCAAGAGAAACGCUAUUGUUAAAAAACUUCCUACUGUUGAAACAUUAGGCUGUGUUAGUGUUAUUUGUUCAGACAAAACUGGUACAAUUACUAAAAAUGAAAUGACUGUUACUGUGAUAGUUACAUCCGAUGGGUAUCUUGCAGAGGUGUCUGGAGCAGGUUAUAAUGAUAAUGGAGAAAUUCACAUUCAUAAAUGUGAGAACUUGGAUACUGCAAAAGAAUCAAUUCACAGGCUUCUAGAGGUCGGUGUGGUCUGUAAUAAUGCUGUGAUAAGUGGUGAAACAUUGCUCGGUCAGCCUACAGAAGGAGCAUUGUUGUCUGUUGCUAUGAAGCAUGGUAUGUACGGUGUAAGUGAUAAGUAUGUGAGGCUCCAAGAAUACCCAUUCAGUUCUGAACAAAAAAUGAUGGCGGUAAAAUGUAUACCAAAAUAUGGUGAUUCCAAAGAAGAAAUUUACUUCGUUAAAGGUGCUCUAGAAAUUAUUCUUCCACAGUGUACUAAAUAUGUUUGGAAUGGGCAGUUUCAUCAAUUAAAUUCUAAAAAGGAGCAGGAUUUCCUGGCAGAGGCUCAUGAAAUAGGGAGGAAGGGUCUCAGAGUUGUUGGUAUGGCUAGUGGUUCAUCCCUUCAGGAUUUAGUCUAUCUUGGAUUGGUCGGUAUUUGUGAUCCACCUCGACCAUUCGUCAGAGAUUCCAUUCAAACACUUCUCAACUGCGGCAUUAAAGUAAAGCUGGUUACUGGUGAUGCACAACAAACUGCUACAGCAAUCGCACAAAUGAUCGGCCUGGACACAAUCCAUGGUCAAGCUCUAUCUGGAGACCAAAUCGAUUCAAUGACCGAAUACCAAUUGGAUCAGGUAGUUCAUAAUGUCACGGUCUUUUACAGGGUCAGUCCACGGCACAAAUUGGCGAUUGUUAAGGCUUUUCAAAGAGCUGGAGUUAUAGUUGGGAUGACCGGUGAUGGAGUAAACGAUGGAGUCGCUCUCAAGAAAGCUGAUAUUGGUAUUGCAAUGGGUAAAAAUGGCACAGAUGUCUGUAAAGAAGCUGCGGAUAUGAUCCUUGUCAAUGACGAGUUCAACACAAUCAUUGCUGCUAUUGAAGAAGGAAAAGGAAUUUACUACAACAUCAGGAACUUCGUAAGGUUUCAGUUGAGUACUAGCAUUGCAGCACUCUCGUUAAUAGCCCUUGCUACCCUGUUUAGAAUUCCUAAUCCCCUCAAUGCUAUGCAAAUUCUUUGGAUUAACAUAAUUAUGGAUGGACCUCCUGCACAGAGUUUGGGUGUGGAGCCUGUUGAUAAAGAUGUCGUCAAGCGUGGGCCCAGGAAUGUAAAACAGCCAAUGAUUACUACACAUUUGAUUGUUAAUGUUCUGUUGUCUGCAUUCAUUAUUAUUCUUGGAACCCUUUGGGUAUUCAAGAGAGAGAUGAGUGACAACAAAAUUACACCAAGGGAUACCACAAUGACAUUUACAUGUUUUGUUUUCUUUGACAUGUUCAAUGCUCUCAGCUGCAGGUCACAGACUAAAUCAGUUUUUCAAAUUGGAUUAUUCAAAAACAAAAUGUUCCUGAUAGCAGUUUCAUUAUCUGUGGUUGGUCAAUUAUUGGUUAUUUAUUUUCCAUUUUUCCAAAAUAUCUUCCAAACUGAAGCUUUGACUCUUCAAGACCUGCUGUUCCUUACCUGCCUCACUUCGACAGUAUUCAUUGUGUCAGAGGUGAAGAAAUUCAUCGAGAGGAUGAUUGAGGACCGCCGCACGAAGAAAGCAGGAUUUGAGUUCGUAUGA